AUGCUGGGACAUAAGCAACAUAGUCCCAGAAUUAGCCAAAAGCCCAGAGUCACUAGGGUCAGGGUGAAUUUGGCUUUUGUUGUAGCCAUCAACAUUGGAAGAAGUCCCACUUCUUUUGGCAAAACACACAGAGUCCAGCAACACAGUUCAGGAGGCAACAGUGCCUCACUUCUGAGCACUUCCUGCUGUACACUUCCUGGCGGGGAGGCCAAGGCAAGAGGGCAGUGGGAGUGUUGGAGGCCUGGGGCUCAGGGAGAAGCAAUUAUUCCUGAGAAUUCCUUGCUGAAGCUCCAAGCCCUCGAGUCUGAUCUGUGCUCUGCAUUUUUGACAAACCAGGAAGAAGUUGCUCAGGUGCCUGGAAUCAAGGACCCAGUCCCAGCUUCAACCCAGAGUGUGCCUGUCGAGGGGUCGGAUUCUGCAGACCCUGUGCCAGUCCACAAAGAUGGGCAGAAUGAAGCUGACAGUGCAGCAGAAGACCUCCAGUCUGUCGGGACCAGCAGGCUGCUCUAUCACAUCACUGAUGGCGACAACCCACUGUUGUCGCCACGAUGCUCUAUCUUCAGUCAAAGCCAGAGGUUCAACUUAGACCCUGAGUCAGCCCCUUCUCCUCCCAGCACGCAGCAGUUUAUGAUGCCCCGGAGUUCUUCACGAUGCAGCUGUGGUGAUGGCAAGGAGCCACAGACCAUUACCCAACUCACCAAGCACAUCCAGAGCCUCAAGCGGAAAAUUCGGAAAUUUGAAGAAAAAUUUGAACAAGAAAAGAAAUACCGGCCUUCACAUGGUGACAAGACUUCUAAUCCUGAAGUCCUGAAGUGGAUGAAUGAUUUGGCUAAAGGUCGUAAACAGCUCAAAGAACUAAAGCUGAAGCUGUCAGAACAAGGGACUGCUCCCAAAGGUCCACCUAGAAACCUGCCCUGUGAGCAACCCACAGUCUCUAGAGAGAAUGGGAAGACAGAAGCUGCAGCCCCUGAGCCAAGCUCCUCUGGAGAGGAGACUCCAGAUGCUGUGUUGAUGUGCCUGAAGGAGAAGAGAGAGCAGCUUCCCCACCAGGAGGAUUCUAAGGUAACUAAGCAGGACAAGAACCUCAUAAAACCUCUUUAUGACAGAUACAGAAUUAUCAAGCAAAUCUUGUCAACGCCUUCUCUUAUUCCAACAAUUGAGGAAGAGGACUCAGAUGAAGACUGUCCUGAGCAAAGCCAACAAUCUUCUUUGCCAGGUCCGGCAUCUCAUCUUACUAUUGGCGAUCAUGUCACCUACUCUAAUGAGGCUGAGCCUGUUAGGGUGUUGCUACCAGAUGAAAAGAAAGAAGUGAAACAACCAGCUCUCUCCAUGUCCAAUUUACAUGAAGCCACCAUGCCUGUACUUCUUGACCAUCUCCGAGAAACUAGAGCUGACAAGAAGAGACUGCGGAAAGCAUUAAGAGAAUUUGAAGAACAGUUUUUUAAACAAACAGGAAGAAGUCCACAAAAGGAAGACAAGAUACCAAUGGCAGAUGAGUACUAUGAAUACAAGCACAUAAAAGCGAAACUGAGACUAUUAGAGGUCCUUAUCAGCAAGCAAGAUGUGGCCAAAACUAUUUGAGGUUCAGGAAAUGUUUAUGAUCACUUUCACCCAAGAUAAAGUCAAGUGUAUUUUCCUCUGCCAUUCUUGCUAAGUAGUUCUGACAUAACAAAAAUGGAAGCACUUUAGUGAUAGUAUUAGCUGUUUUUAAGAAAGGAUAGCGGGUGUAAUUAUAUACGAGGAAGGAUUUAAAUGGGGGGGAAAAUUCAACAGGUAACCAUGUAAUUGUAAAAAAAAUUCAGCCUCUUCCAUGCCAAGGAGAAAACUCAUAUUCAAUAUAAUUAUUUCAAAAACAUCUAAUAUUUUAUCAAACAUAAAUAACGCAUAGCUGGGCCACUUAUUAGGGAAAGUUUACUUAGUGUCCAAAGAUUGUUUAUGUUGAUGUAUGGAAAAGAGCAUGAUUUAAAAAAAUCAGUGAAAGGAUAAAAAGAAAUUCUGCUUUUCAUGUAGGAAGGAACACAGGUAUUAAAAUUAUUUAAAACUUCUAAUAGAUUUUUAAGUGAUAAAACGUAUACUAUCUUGUCACUUAAGUCUGCUAGGAUUUCGGUACCCUAAAAUAUAUUAGAAUGUGUCACUGCUAAUUUUUUAUUUCUAUAUAAAAAUAGCACAUUAUUUUAUCUGUUAUUUGAAAUUUUACAUUUCUGGUUACCAAAGUUCAUUCUGAUGGCAUGUACUUUGUGAAUUAUUAUCUUUGUCUAUAAUUGACAGAUGCUUAUAUUAAAAUAAAGUACUGUAUUAAAAUUUUAAAAUAGGUAUUUUGGAUAGAUAUGUGUCUUCAGUAUAUAAUCUAAUGUGACCAUAGUAUUAUUGCUAAUCUUUUUGUUUACUAUAACUAAGAUUAUAUAACUAUUUUUCCAUUGAGAAUAUGCAUUUUUCUUAAUGUUCUAAGAUCUGUACUUUGUAAAGUCAAAAAACUUUCUCAUGAGCUGUAGUUAUUCUUCAUUCUGUACAAAAUGAAAAGUUUGGAAAUUGUUUGCCAUGACACCUUGGAAAAGAAACCAGAAAGUUUUAUUUGCUUCAUCAACUUUAGUUGUGAUUAUCUUGUUUUGUGUAAUUUUGUACUAAAUUAUCUUGUUUUGUGUAAUUUUGUACUAAAACACAUUUAUUUUUGUUUUUGUAAAAACAAGUAAAAGGUUGACAUUUUCUUCCAUGUACCAACCACGUCUGUAUAUCUAUUUUCUGUAAUGUUAAGCAUGAUGUUGAAGAAAUUCACAUUUUCAUACAGUUUAGAUGGAAAGAAUAUUGACUAUUUCAGAAGCAGACUAUUCAGAGGCUUAUUGUAUUCUCUGUAUUUACCAGGUAUUUUAUAACUUUUAUGAAUCAGAAUAAUGUCCUUCAUAAAUUUGUUUAAUCGAAGUCAUCUACUUGUAACAGGACAGAUACACAACUAUUUGAGGUUUACAAAUUACAUCUUUGAUAAGGGAAAUGGUUUCGUGACAUGUAUACAAUUGCUAUUAAAAUGUAACUCUAUAUCUUCUAUAUGAUUGUAAAUAUUUUAUACAACAAUACAAAUAAAAUAUUUUUGUAUUAUA